CCCUGCCGGGCUCCUGCCCUGUUUCCCUUCCCCCUGCCUCUUCCUUCCCGCGUUUGCCAUGGCGACACCGAGUGGCCUGAUCCGGGCCCUACACCGCGGGACCCUCGGCCAGAACAUGGCAGUGGAUCGUAUUUUCUCUGGUAUCCAGCCAACUGGGACCCCUCAUCUGGGUAACUACCUUGGAGCCAUUCAGAACUGGGUGAAUCUGCAGGAAAAGUGCAGCUCGGUGCUCUAUAGCAUUAUGGACAUGCACUCUCUCACCAUGCCCAAGGAGCCAGCUGUCCUGCGCCAGAACAUCCUGGACACCACUGCUGCCAUCCUUGCCUGUGGGAUUGACCCAAAGAAGUGUUUCCUGUUUAGGCAGUCACUGGUUCCUGAGCAUGCAGAACUUGCCUGGAUUCUUGGGUGCAUAACUAAUGUGCCACGUCUGCUACGUUUGCCCCAGUGGAAGAUGAAGCGUGCCAGCCAGAAUAGCGAAGGAACUGUUGGUUUGUUGACUUACCCUGUGCUUCAAGCAGCAGAUAUUUUGCUGUACAAGUCAACACGUGUUCCUGUUGGAGAAGAUCAAGUCCUGCACCUGGAGCUAGCCCAAGAUAUAGCACAACAUUUCAACAAGAAAUAUGGAGAAUUCUUUCCUGUGCCCAAAGCCAUUUUAAGUACAACAAAGAAAAUAAAAUCCCUCAGAGAUCCAUCAGUGAAGAUGUCCAAGUCAGACCCACAGAAGUUGGCUACUAUUAACAUAGCAGACAGCCCUGAUGAAAUUGUGCUGAAAUUUCGCAAAGCUGUGACUGACUUUACCUCGGAGGUGACCUAUGACCCCGCCACUCGCCCCGGUGUCUCCAAUCUGGUGUCCAUUCACGCUGCAGUAACAGGGCUUAGCAUCAAAGAAGUGGUGCACCAAGCCACAGGUCUCGACACUGCUCACUACAAAAUGGUGGUAGCUGAGUCAGUUAUCCAAAAAUUUGCACCUAUCAGGAAUGAAAUCAAGAAACUCCAGGAAGACAAGUCCCAUCUGAUAAAGGUUUUAGAGGAUGGAGCAGAGAAAGCCAAAGAACUGGCUGUUCCUGUCUAUCAAGAAAUAAGGAGACUGGUGGGAUUUCAAUAGAAGCUGCUGAGAAGUUGCAAGGACUUUUGUAUCAUGGAACAGAGAUUUGUUAUUUGUAAUAAAAUCAUUUAUUAAUUAUUAAUCAUUUUGGUUUGAAACAAAAACUUUUUUUUCCUGGAAGAUCCAAGGAGAACGUUGAAUAUGGUUGCAUUAAAACAUGCAUGAAGCCAGGUAUUUCCAGUGGGACCAGCAUUAAGCUUAUCUGGAUAGUCAGAGGGAGGACAGAAGCAGUCACAAUUCACAAAGAAAUUGUGCAAAAGCAGAUUAUAAGCUUGCCUAUGUGGGUUUUUGGAUUUUUUCACUGCAAGAAGAUGAAGUGUAGGCAAGGUGAUCAGAAUCUAGCAGAAAGAUUUGUAAUCCUCUAAAAAAUGUACUUAUCUGUGUAUGUGAUCUUGUUACACUUGGACAGUUUAUCCUCUUGGGGAUUAUUCAGCUUUGAUAUGGUGAUUCAACAUGCUUUUGGAUAACCAGAA